AUUGCUAGUAUUAAAUGAAAUCAGAGAAUUCAGGCACUUUAAACCAAGAAUAUCUUGAGCUAACGAUAAAUCAUUCUAAAUAAUAAGAUAUCAGCAAUAGCAAUAAUGUGAAAUAGGGUCAUUGGACUUAAGAGGAACAUCAUUAAUAUGUUUAAUUCUUACUUAGAGUAAAAGGAUCAGGAGAUUCAUAAAGAAAAGGACAACCAUUGUUUAAAAGAAUGAGUUAGAUUAUUGGUACUCGAACUCCAAGUUAAUGCAGGUACUAUUUUUAUGCAAUUAGAUCCCAUCAUUAAAAAUUCAAUCCAUUUAAUCCUCGUUUGAGAAGAAAUCAUAAGAGAAGAUAAUUAGCAAAAAUAGAAAAGCCUUUUCAAAGAACAAAAUAACUUAUCAGAUAAUAUUUCAAUAAACACAAAAUUCAUUCUGAUGAUGAAAAUCAUAAUGAAUGAGAAGAUUGAUUUUAUAUGAUUAAAAUAUAUGG